AUGCGGAAAGAAGGUAAAUGUAAGUUCUUGGUGUUGGCGCUGAAAACCCUUCUACAUACCCUCCCCAUCAAGCUACGCGCCAUCUACGACGCUGGUUUUACGCAAGUCGAAGUUGGUCUUCCGGAUCUUGAGACAUAUGCUCAUCAAGAAUUCAACGGAGAUUAUAAUAAGCUGGAUGAAGGGGGCAAGGGCGACCUCGACAAGCUGUGCGAGGCUGCAAAGAAAGUGAGGGGUUUGUGCCACGAGCUGGGCAUAGAAGUUCUUGUCGUGCAUCCAUUCUCGACAUACGAAGGGUAUGGGGAUGCACAGAAGAAAAAGCAAGGUUUGGGUCGAGCGCAAGCCUGGUUUAGAGUACUGAGGGUUGGUUCCUCAGACGACCCCGACUCUAGCUGCGACUUCGAUGUUAUCGCAAGAGACCUGUGCGAGCUCGCCGAUUUGGCGGCAAAGCAGGACCCACCGAUCCGUAUCGCGUAUGAGAUGUGGGCUUGGGGCGUGCAUGUAAAUACGUGGGAAAACACCUGGGAUAUCUGCAGACGCGUCGAUAGACCAAACUUCGGUGUCUGUCUUGAUACUUUUCAAAUAUGUGCGCGCGCGUACGCCUCUCCAGUUUCAUCAUCUCGUGUGCUACCAGAUGCACAGAAAAAGCUGCAAGCUUCACUCAUCAACCUGAGCAAGACCGUUCCAGCCUCCAAGAUCUUUUACUUCCAGAUCUUCGAUGGCUCCAAGAAUGCUGGAUCUUUGGACAUGUUCGCAGCGGGGCUGGGUGCAGGAACCGUCCUGGGCGGGUUUGGCGGGUAUCUACCUGUCCUAGACGUCAUCAGGGAGGUGCUGAGGACGGGAUGGCGCGGUCCAUGGUCGUAUGAGGUGUUUUAUGGGGAGAGUAUGGGUAAGGACGAUGUUGGAGUGCCGCGUUUCUGGACGAUGGUCGUAAAGAAAUGUUACACCAAGGUAAUUGAGACGUUGAGGAAGGGUAUGUGAGGUCUGGGAUCAUGGGUGUUACAAGUUUUCGCGUAAACACAGAUUCGUUCUACCAGGUUCAAGUGCGAGCGCUUUAUACACUGUGGGGCUGACGAGGGCUGGCGUG